AAACUUCAAGAUUUGAUUUUGAUUUACCAAAUAUUUUAGCGCAAAUGGUAGACUAUUGCUAAUUAAAAAAAAAAGUUAUGUGCAUAUGAAAUCUGUUUCGCUUUGUUAAGUAAAAAAACUACAUGAAACAAAAGCGAGAAAUUCAAAUUGUUGCUUAAACAAAGAAUUAUGCUCAUUAAUCGUUAUAACAAAGUUAUAAAUCCGCAACAAAGUCCGGUUUAGUAUACCGUCAUCUCCUUUAUAGGAUUGGUUAAAAAAUUAAAAAUUUAAAUUAGAGAAGAGAUUGGUUUUCUUAAAGCUAUCCGAAUUAAAUAAAGGCGAAAUGUUUUUUAAAAUGGUUGACUCUGGGAGGAUGCGUCCCGCAGUUUUUAUUACACUAAUUGUACUGAUUUUCACUACAAAUUUUUUAUAUGCAUUUAAUAUUGAUGUCAAAUCUCCAUACAUAUACAAAGAUCCAUUCGGAUCUAAUACAUAUUUUGGUUAUUCCUUAGCAUUCCACAGGGCUAAUACACUUAUAGUUGGUGCUCCGCUUAGUAAAGUCACUAAUAUUGGAGAUGGGAAGCAAUAUGGCACAGUAUUCGAAUGUAAAGGUGGUACAGCUUGUGCACUGCUUAGACAAGUUGAUCAAGUUGAAAAUUUUGGUAAAGAAAAGCGCGAUGAUCAGUGGAUGGGUGCAACUGUAUAUUCAAACAAUGAUAAAAUUCUGGCAUGUGCACCACGCUAUAAAACAGUAAAUGAAAAACUAGAAGAAUAUUUGACAGGAAAGUGUGAUGUCAUAUCCGUAUUUGAUACAAGCAGCAGUUUUGUAUGGAGGCCAACUGUGUCUUUGACAACUCGAUUACCCGAAUUUAAAUAUAGUCAGGUUGGAUUUUCAGCAAAGUUUAUUGAUUCUCCUAUUAAAGAAUUAAUGACUGGUUUGCCCAAUGCUCAACUGGGUAAAGGUUUCAUUGCUUUAGCAAAAGGAGAUGGAAUGUCUCUUUCUUUUACUGAUACCCUUAUUCCAAAAGAUUAUGAAUAUAAUGGUUAUGCCACAGCGUCUGGAAUAUUCACAAAGGACAGACAGUCUGUCUUUGUUGUUGGUGGUGCUCCACGUGGCAAUAAUCUAGAUGGAAAGGUGUUAAUGUACACCGUUCUGAAUCCAAAUGAGACAUUUGCAGUUUUAAAUGACCCAUCAAAAACAGUUGGCUCAUAUUUUGGUUCCAGUCUUGCUGCUGCAGAUGUUAAUAAUGAUGAAUUUUCAGAUUUAGUUGUAGGAGCACCUUAUUAUGAAGGAGAUAGCUACAAUGAAGGAGCAGUUUACGUAUACAUAAAUAAUAAGCAGAAUGGGCUAGAACAUGUUCAAACCCUAUAUGGUAAUAAAAUGUAUGGACCUUUAACUGGAUCUUUAUUUGGUACUGGAUUAGGAAGUGUAGGAGACCUAAACCAAGAUCAAUUUAGUGAUAUUGCAAUCGGUGCACCUUAUGGGGGUGUAGAUGGAAAAGGCAUUGUUUAUUUGUAUUAUGGAACUGCUAACAAAGAGCCUUUAAAACUAUUGCAGGUUAUUACCCCUUCGAGUCUAGGUGCUGCUGGUGCAGCAUUAAAUGGCUUUGGUUUUGCUUUUGCAGAUUUUCUUCCUUUUAAAAAUAAACUUGCAAAUGAUGUUGAUGACAAUAAAUACCCAGAUCUUGCUAUUGGUGCAUAUAAAUCUGAUCAAGCCGUUGUUUUAAGAUCUCGUCCAGUAAUAACUAUUAUGGGAGAACUUAAAACAGGAAAUACAAAAAAGAUUGACCUUUUUAGUUCUGAAAACAUUUGUACUUUACCAACUGAUGGAAAAUCAAAAAAUAAAUGCAUUGAAGGAGUGCAAGUUUGUUUGACAUCAGCUGGACUAGGUAUUGGAACAACAAGUGCAGAAGUUGAAUACAAGUUGGCAUUAGACACACAACAGGUUAUAGCAAAAAGAGCUUUUCUUCUUAGUGGACAACAACAAUUAAAUGAGAUUACCAAAGUAAUGACUGUGUCAACAGCAGAGAGUUGUGAAAAUUAUACGAUUUAUUUGAUUAAUAAUACAAGGGAUAUAUACAGAGAACUAGAGUUGGAACUCACUUACAAUGUAAAAGAGCCUAGUUCUUGCAUUAACAAUCUAUGUCCAGUUGCAAACCAAAUAUUAUCUUUAUCUGACAAAAAAGUGAUUCCAUAUAUAACUGGCUGUAGUGAUGAUGGGAAUGAUGAAUGCAACUCUGAUCUUGUUGUGACACUUAGUACAAAUGAACCUUUGAUAAGAGUUGGUAUUACAGAAGUUCUUGAUGUUAAAGCACAAAUUACAAAUAAAAAAGAAAAUGCGUUUGCCAGUUAUUUACAUGUUCAGUAUCCAAAAGAGUUGAGCCCGAACCAAGUAAAAAUAGAAGGGUAUUCUGGCUCAAUUAUAUGGGAUCCAAAUGUUUCACAAGACAGUGAUAUUAAUACACUUUCCAUAACAUUAUCUUCACCAAUUAAAACUAAAAUGAUCGAAUAUGUAAAUAUUCAAUUUGGUGUCCAACUUGUGCAAAUGGGUACCAAAACUUUAAAGCUUACUGCUAUCGCAUCAACAUCAAGUAUUGAAAUGAAUCCUCAAGAUAACAAUGCAACUCUCAUUGUUAAAGUUUCGCUUUCUGCUAAUCUAACUGUUUCAGGCAAUGUAAAACCUGAGCAAGUAAAAUGGACAAAGGAAAUUUCUUCACCAAAAAUUGUUGGUCCUAAAAUUGUCCAUACAUUUUUUUAUCAAAACAUGGGACCCAGUAGUGUUGAUACAUCUCUUAUUAGAAUUGAUUUUCCUGAAAUUUAUAAUAAAGAAUAUAUUCUAAACAUUAUCAAAGUAGAGCUGGAAGGUACCAACUCAAAUUUUGCUGUAGGAACAUGCACUUAUGGCAUUACAAAUGCUUUAAAUUUAAAUAUCUCAGAGUCAGAACAACCCCUAAAUCAAACUAAAAGUCGAAAGAGAAGAGAUGUCCUCCCUUCAAUUCAAUGUGGGUCUAGUGGUGUCAAAUGUCGUUUAAUAGAAUGCAAAAUUAAUUUUUUGCAGAAAUCUGAUUCUGUUACCGUAACAGUUAUUUCAACACUGGUUGAAGCUACUUUUGACAAGACAAUAAAAGAAGGCAGAAAAAUAAGUGCAUACACAAAGUUUACUACAGAUGCUGUUGCUGCUGCAUCCACUACACCUCAAGAUUUUGCAACGGUUGAUUUGAUAAUAAAUUCUCCUUAUUUAACAAAAAGUGGGGGAAAAACCACGGUUGCAUGGUGGAUUAUUCUUCUUUGUGUGCUGGCUGCUAUAAUAAUAAUUUCUCUUAUUGUUUUCGUAAUGUAUAAGAAAGGUUUCUUUAAACGACAAAAUAAAGUUCCAACUGAAGAGCAAAGUGAAUUACGCCGAGGAGAACCUGAUGAAGAAUAGUGUUUCAUCAAAUAGUUUCUUCAUUUCUGUUGGUUAUAAAGUGACGGCGUUUAAAAAUAUGAAACAAGUAAAUAACCUUUCCCGGCAAUUUAAAAACCUAAAAACGGGUGGUUCGUUUUUAUGGUUUUUUGGUUAUUAUUCAAUAAACCAUUCUAGAUUUCAUGAUUUUUUGUGGAUUAUGUGGCAUCGUUGCUUCAUAUCCUGUUUAAACAUUAUACCAAAUUUAAUUAUUUGAGUUUGAUUUCUUUUUUUUUUCUUUUUUUCUUUUUCUUUUUUUUUAAUUUUAUACCAAUUUAAAAAAUAUAGUUUUUGUGUUUUAAUAAUUUUUCUUUGUAAAUUUUAAAUUUCAUAACUGUACAUGUAAAAUAAAACUUGUUUAUGGUGAGAGAAACCAGAUGCACGCUAAAUAAUUUUUAGGACAGUUUCUUAAAUUUCUCUUGUUUUUUGUUGUUGAUUUUUUUUUUUUCUUUCUUUCUUUUUUUUUUUAAUUUUAAUUUUGUGUUUUCAAUUGUUUUUAUCGACAUUCUCGUCAAAUCGAAAACCUUUUUAAAAUUAUUUAUUUUAAAUAAUAUAAAAUAUCGAAUUUUCUAGAAAGGUGAAAAGUAAAUUUACAAGUUAUUAAAAUAAGUUUGAAGAUCAUUAUUGUAAAAGAAUGUUGUGUCAAAAUGUUUUUUAAACCUUGUAAAUUAAUUGUUUUUGUUUUUUUAAGUUAUUAUUUUUUUAAUAAUAAAUUGUUUCUAAUA